AUGGGCGAUUCGUCCUAUAAAGGCGUCUCAGCAGCCCAAGACUCGCGCUUCACAAACAAGGAAUCCACGCUUCUCCGAAAGCUCAGGUUCCCCGCUUCUUUCGACACCAAAGUCGACACCACGAAAGUCGAACUCUCGGUCAUCAAGCCGUGGAUCUCCCAACGCAUCACCUCGUUGCUAGGUUUCGAAGACGAUGUGGUGCUCGAGUAUGCAUCGGGCAUGCUAGAGGAGGAGAGGUUCCCUGAUCCGAGAAAGGUGCAGAUCCAGUUGAUGGGGUUCUUGGAGGGCAAGACGGCCGAGUUUAUGGAAGAGCUGUGGGGGUUGCUGAUUUCGGCACAGGAAAGUCCGGGGGGUGUGCCGAGGCGGUUUGUGGAGGAGAAGAAGGAGGAAUUGAGGCUGAAGAGGGAGGAGGGUGAGAGGGUGGUGAGGGAGGCGAGGGAAAGGGCGAGGGUCGCAGCGGAGGCCGGUGGCAGGACGGAGGGUGGUCAGACGAGGAGGAGGUCGCGGUGGGAUGCUGGUGCGACGUCCACAUCGGAUGGUCGGCCGCCUGCGUAUACCUCUGGAGACCAAGGCCGCACCGGUGACUAUCAUCGGAGAGACAAUUCCGGCCGCAACGACUGGAAUCGACGUCGAGAGCACAAUUCGUACCCGUCCAGCGACGGCGAUCGCGACCGCUACAAUACCGACUCUGGUCGUGCUCGAGACUCUGGCUGGGGAAAUCGUGCUCCAAGAGACACACUGACCUCCUCUCAUCAAUCAUCACGCCGAUCGCCCUCACCACCGCCACGCCGACGUCGGCGAUCCCCAUCCCUCACCCCUCCGCGUCAAAAAGAACGCCAACGAUCACGUUCCCGCUCAAUCACCCCCGACUACCGCUCCUCACUUCGCGAACGCAAACAGCUCGUUCGAGACUCCCCACGGCACAGAGACCGCGACAGCGCGCAAGACGACAGCACACGGCGUGUCCGAAGGGGCAAUGUCGAUGAUGCUGACGAGCGGGAUCCGACGCGACGCAGAAUAAGCGGUCAGGCCGAUACCCAGGAUGAAGCGCAGCGAGAGCGCGAGCUGCGAGACAAACUCAUGCGUGCUAAGGCGUCGAGGCGGGCCGAGCGCGAGUAG